UUUCAGCUUUUGAUCUUCAAAUUGUUUGGAACCACUCCGCGAUAUGUCGAACCAACCGGCACCAACUCGGCCCUGGUUUCGAUUAGUAUCCAUUACAAGGCCAGCACCAACCUCAACUCCUGAACCAGCUCCAGCUCUGCCUCGAUCAGACACUAUUCGACUUGCAUUCAGGCCACCAACUCGAGCUCAACCAAAUGCCGCUGCUCCACCACCACCUGCAGAUAAAAAACCUACGGUUCCGGUCAAUGCAGAUACUUCUUCGGUCCCCAAUUCCCCCGUGAAGACCGUGCCAACUACUACUCCCGCGAAAACAGCAGCAACUUCGUCCUUGCCAUCUUCUCCAGCAGCGAAGCCAGUGGUUACUAAUAACACGGAGAAAGUUUCACCUGCCAAGAGAGCUCCAACUGCAACAUCAGUGGCAAGUUUCCCUACCCAAAAGCCUGCCUCCUAUGUGACCACCACGACCCGUAUGCCUAGCCCUAAAUCAUCAAUGACCAAACCGCCAACCGGUAGUCCACCUUCUCCUUUUACUAUCCCACCUUUCCAGUUGAAAGCUCAAGCUGAGAUUGAUCCCAAGAAGAUUCAUGCUGAGACAGAGCAAAAGACGACCGAGAAGCCCAAGGGAUGGCUAUUUGGUGGCACUCGCAAAGCAGCAUCCAAGGAAAGUGAGGCAAAGGGCAAGAAGUAUUCUUCUGAUUCCGAGGAUGCAGGAAUGAGGAUCUUAACAAUUACUGGUGAUAAUAAAGGCGCUUUCAUGGAGAUAAACCAAUCAUCCCACCAUAAAAAUGGGUCUCAGGGAACUCCUUUUCGUCUCGAAAACAGCAACAGCAUCGAGGCAGGUGAUCGGAAGAUGAAGGCCAAGAGCAACUCAUCCAAGACAAUGCCUAUGAACGCAUUCAUUAACAGCAAUGUUCAAGGCAUUAAUAACUCAAUCAUGUACAAUUCUUCAUGCGUUUGUCAUGACCCUGGUGUCCACCUUACUCUCUACACAAAACCAACUGUUGGAGGAUUCCAUGUCGAGUAAAGUAGCAAUGGCUACAACAGCUACGGAGAAAGCAAAACAUUAAAUUUAAAGGUUUUAAAGUCAUUUUGGUUUGAAUAAAUUUAGGCUAUUACUACUUUCGAGUUGUUGCCUGUAGGGCAGAUGGGUUCGGAUUCUUCGGUACCACUUUUUCGUGGCGUCUAAUUGAAGAGGAUCCAAGCCCAUCCCCUUUAGAGUUUAAAAUUAUGAGCUAGACUAAAGAAUGUAAUAA